AUGGCUCUGGUUCACAAAUUGCUGAAUGGCACUUAUAUUCUCAGGAAAAGCCUAAAGCCAAGUGGAGCCUCGUGUCCAUUUCUGAGCACCCGCUUCGCGGACUAUUGCUCCAGCAGUCUUCAGAAGCCAGCGGCUACUCCUAGCAAAGUUUCCGCUCAGAGGAACUCUGCAGGGGGUUUGCAAGGAGAUCACCAGAGAGAAGUUGCUUUGGAUGUAACUUCUCCUGAGGAGAAGCCCGAAGUUAGUUUUGAUAAAGCAAUUAGAGAUGAAAUCAAGGAACAUUUUUGGCGUUUGAAGGAUGAGAUUGUGAACCAUUGGAUAGGGCCCGAAGGCCGCCCUAUGCAGGAGGUCAUUCUGGAACAAGCCAGAGUUAUCUGGCAGUUCCGCGGAAAAGAAGAUUUGGAUAAGUGGAUAGUGACCUCGGAUAAGACGAUUGGAGGCAGAAGUGAAGUGUUCCUGAAAAUGGGCAAGAACAACCAGAGUGCACUGCUGUACGGAACCCUGAGCUCCGCGGCACCUCAGGAUGGGGAGAACAGUCAGAGCGGAUACUGCGCAAUGAUAUCCAGGAUCCCAAGGGGUGCUUUUGAUAGAAAGAAGUCUUAUGAUUGGUCUCAGUUCAAUACCCUGUAUCUCCGUGUCCGUGGAGAUGGUCGGCCUUGGAUGGUGAAUAUCAGGGAGGACACCGAUUUCAUUCAGAAGAGCAAUCAGAUGUACAGUUACUUCAUGUUCACCCGUGGUGGGCCCUACUGGCAGGAGGUCAAGAUUCCUUUCUCCAAAUUUUUCUUCUCUAAUCAAGGAAGAAUCCGGGAUGCCCAGUUUCAGCUUCUGCUUGACAAGAUCUCCUCUAUUGGAUUCACCCUGGCUGAUAAAGUGGAUGGUCCAUUCUUCCUGGAAAUAGAUUUUAUUGGAGUGUUUGCUGAUCCAGCCCACACAGAAGAAUUUGCCUAUGAAAAUUCUCCAGUGCUUAACCCAAGACUUUUUAAAUAG